AUGGUCUUCUCACGAGUCUUUACUCGGCGUGCCGGGCUCAUCCGGACAGGGCGUUCGAACAUGGCCGCACGACGCACGAUGAUGCCAGCCCCCGGACCGAACACAGGACCCCUGUUGGAGCGACGCGCAGACCGCGAGCUGCCGAACCCGAACGCCAGCCGGAGCUGGUUGCUCACCCUGCCCAUCUUCAUCAUUGCCAGUGGAGCCGGCCUACUGGGUAUCUUCAACUACCAAAAGCAAUCGUCCAGCAUUGUGAGCAGCACGCUGUAUGCGCUGCGCACCUCCCCGCAGGCCCGCGAAAUCCUCGGCGACGAGAUCUACUUUGCUCAACAGAUCCCGUGGAUCAGUGGAGAGAUGAACCAAUUGCAUGGUCGAAUCAAUAUCUCGUUUUGGGUGAAGGGGACUAAGGCUCAGGGCAAGAUGAAGUUCCACAGCAUCCGGCCGGAUCGUAUGAGCUAUUUCCGCACGGAAGAAUGGAGCUUAGAGACCGAGGACGGAGAGGUGAUUCAGCUGCUUGACAAGGGCAAUGAUCCGUUCCGACAAGGUUGA